GUCGCCCAUGCAUUGCGAGCUGGCGAGGCCGUGCAGCCCGAGCGCUUCGAGUGCGUCUCAAUUUUCUUCUCGGACGUCGUGGGCUACACGACGCUAUGCGAACAGCUGCAGCCGUACGAAGUGAUGGACCUGAUGCACAGACUAUACUCGAAAUUCGAUGACCUGAUUCGACAGCUCCGGCUCUUCAAGGUGGAGACGGUGGGCGACGCCUACCUGGCCGUCGGCAAUUUGCGUUGGCCGCAACCCGAUUCACACUCCCGCCUCGUCUCGCAGUUCGCCUUCGCUGCCGUACGCGCUGCCAAGUCCCUCCCUGUGCAUCCUGCCCGUCCUGAGCUGGGCACCUUGCGCAUCCGCGUGGGGCUUCAUUGCGGCCCUGUGGUGGGAUCUGUUGUGGGCACCCUGAACCGGCGAUACUGUUUGUUUGGGGAUGCAGUUAACACGGCGGCGCGCAUGGAGGCGAACAGUGAGGCGGAUCGGGUGCAUUGCAGUACGGCGUUCGCGGCCCUGGUUUCGGAGCAAUGGCCGGAGCUGACGCAGAUUAGCCGUGGCGUACGGCAGAUCAAGGGCAAGGGGUGA